UGUGUCGAAGUAGUGAAUGAGUGCAGUACUGGGAAAGCGGACUGCUCCUGCAAUGCUGAUUGCUUUGAUCGAGCUGAAGGUUAUGAGUGCAAAUGUCGCCCUGGAUUCGUGGACGCUUCUCCAGAUGUCGUACACUAUCCAGGAAGAGUUUGCAAUAAGCCAAAAUCGCCAGAGCAUUAUGGUCAGACUAGCAGACAGGUGUGAAUGAAU